AUGACUGCGCAGUUUGCUUCCCAUGGGCGCGGCGGCGCUGGCAACAUGGCCGACGCGGCGAAGUCGCCGUCCAUCCAGGCCUCCGAUCUCGAGACGCCGGUGCUGAAAACAGCCGUUGUGACGACAGGCCGCGGCGGCACUGGCAACAUGACCAAGAACGACGACCCUCACGAAACCCGUCUUCGCCAGGACGUCAAGGCAGUACCCCGGCGACUUAGUUCAGGAGCCCAGUACGCUGGACGCGGUGGCGCUGGCAACGUAUUCAAAGGCGAAGACGAACUCGAACAGCUGGCGCGCAACCGAAGCGGCGAGCAAGCCAUCGAUGAGGCCCCCGAGAACGCUACCGAAAAGACGUCUGAGAAGACGACGGAGAAGAAUCUGAACAAGACAGAGAAGGUUGAAAAGGUCGAACCAGCCGCAGCAAUAAAGAAGUGGCUCAUGUUUGGAAGGAAGCCAUGA